CUGGUCAAGAAUUAUCCCAUAGCCAGCCCCUUUCCACCAUCCCACCGCGCUUUCCCUUUGUUUGUUGCAUGCUUGGACGGACCUAAGGUGUGCUGCUCAUAAAGACUCGACAAUGGUUCGAUUGCGCGAGAUUCCUCGCACUGCGGCCUUCGCAUGGUCGCCCGGCUCAGCUCCGCCAUUAAUCGCUACCGGAACCCGCGCUGGCGCUGUAGACGAUGACUUCUCGACCGAGACAAACCUCGAGCUCUGGGACCUGCAACUAGACCAGAUCGAUGCCACUACUGAUUUGUCCCCUGUUGGAAGCAUUUCAACCGACUCCAAAUUCUACGACAUUGCAUGGAGCCAACCUACUGCCGAUCGCUCUCGUGGUAUCAUUGCUGGUGCUCUCGAAAAUGGCUCUCUCGAUCUCUGGGACGCCGAGAAACUCCGAUCCAGCCCAUCCGACUCGUUCAUGUCUCGGACCACAAAGCACUCAGGAGCCGUCAAGGCUGUCCAAUUCAAUCACUCGAAACACGAUCUGCUUGCGACAGCUGGUGCCAAGGGCGAACUAUUCAUUUACGACUUGAACAACAUUGCAAAUCCCUUCAGACUGGGUGGAGGUGCCGCGAGAGCAGACGAUUACGAAUGUUUGGACUGGAACAAGGGCGCAAAGGUUCCUCAUAUUCUGGCCACUGGUUCAAGCGGAGGCUUCGUCACCAUUUGGGACGUUAGACAAAAGAAGGAGAAUUUGACACUCAACAACUUUGGUCGCAAGCCUGUCAGCGCUGUUGCCUGGGAUCCUGAUGUUGCAACAAAGCUCAUGACUGCCAUCCCCAAUGAUCAGGAUCCUUUGAUCCUCAUGUGGGACUUGCGCAAUUCCAGCGCCCCUGAGCGCAUUCUCCGUGGUCACGAACUCGGUGUCCUUUCUCUGUCAUGGUGUUUGCAAGAUUCAAGCCUGCUGUUGUCAUGCGGAAAGGACAAUCGCACAGUUGCUUGGAACCCCCAGACUGGUGAGUCGUACGGCGACUUCCCUGUUGUCAAGAACUCGACCUUCCAGACUCGUUGGAACCCUCACAACCCUGGUCUUCUCGCCACUGCUUCCUUCGAUGGCAAGAUUGCCGUCCAAACCAUCCAAAACACAAAUGCUGAGAGUGAUGAGAAGACGGCUGCUCAGCAGGAUUUGGAAAGCGACGACUUCUUCAACCAGGUUCAGAGCCAACCUCAGCACGUUACUUUCUCUUUGCCCAAGGCCCCCAAGUGGAUGCAACGCCCUGCCGGCGUGUCGUUCGGUUUCGGAGGAAAGCUCGUCAGGCUCGCAACCGACGCCACCUCAAAAAAAUCGACUGUCACCAUUGACACUUUCGCUGUCGACUCUGCCUUUACUGAGGCUUCUCAAAAGUUUGAAGAGUCCUUGAAGGGAGGUGAUCUGGCCAGUAUCUGCGAAUCGAAGAUCUCUGCUGCGACCAAUGAGGAAGAGAAGGCAGACUGGCAGGUCAUCGAAACACUGAACGCUGGAAAGUCGAGAAAGAAGUUGAGAGAAUACCUUGGCUUUGCCGAUGAGACCGAUGUUGCGCAGAAGACCGCCGACAUCAGUGUCAACGGUGAUGUUGAGAAGCCCAAAGACGAUGAUGAGAACAGCUUCUUCGGCAACGACACCGCUGAUGGAGAAGAUGGCGAUAACUUCCUGGCCGAUCUUGCAGCGACCAAGGGCGCCAAGACAAACCAGCCUUUCCACAUCGUCAGCGGUCAAGAAUCAGACGCAGACAAGAACAUCACACGUGCUCUCAUGCUCGGUAAUUUUGAAUCUGCUCUCGACGUUUGCCUGAAGGAUGGUCGCAUGUCGGAUGCUUUCAUGAUCGCCAUCUGUGGUGGUCAGAAGUGUAUGGACAAAGUACAGACCGCUUAUCUGAAACAAAAGGCCAAGGGACCCAACUACCUCCGCCUUCUGGCCUCGAUUGUGGGCAAGAACUUGUGGGACGUUGUUCACAACGCUGAUCUAUCCAACUGGAAGGAGGUCAUGGCUACGCUGUGCACUUUCGCUGACGAGACCGAAUUCUCUGACUUGUGCGAAGCUCUGGGUGAUCGUCUUGAGGAGUCGCUUUCAGAAUCUGCCGACAAGGGAACUUUGAGAAGAGAUGCUUCGUUCUGUUUCCUUGCUGGAUCUAAGCUUGAGAAGGUUGUUACCAUCUGGGCCCAGGAGCUGCAGGAGAAAGAGAGUGCAGGUCUGGAAGCAGCCGACGGCGAGACUGGCUUCUCAGUUCACGCCAGAACUCUGCAAGAUUUCAUCGAGAAGGUCACUGUCUUCCGUCAAGUUGUAAACUUCCAAGACGCCGACCGUCAGUCAACCGAGAACUUCAAGCUUGCUCCUUUAUACACAAAGUACACUGAAUACGCCGAUAUUCUGGCCAGUCACGGUCAAUUGCAGGUUGCCGAGAAGUAUCUGGAUCUCCUGCCUUCCAAAUACCCUGCCGCAGAGGUGGCUCAACAAAGAGUCAAGCUUGCCAACAGAACAAAGCCUGUCGUGCCUCAGGUCCAGAGACAGCCUGCAGCUGCCGCUCGUGUUGCCGCGCCUGUGGCUCCUUACUCUGGCGCUCCUACACCAGCGCCACUCGCUGCUGCAAACCCGUACGCUCCCAGUGGCGGCAUCAUGUCGACUCCUGGUCCUGUUGGUGUGCCAAACGCUUACGCUCCUCCGGGCGCCGCCCAACCUGCUGCUGUAUCAAACCCAUACGCACCUCCUGCACAAGCUUACGCUCCUAUGGGAUACCAGCCUCAGCAGACCUCGGCUUAUGGUCAGCCCGGACCUUAUGGAGCACCCGCCGCCCCCAUCGCACCUCCUCGUGGUAUAACACCCAGCGCCGUGCCUCCUCCGCCAAAGAAGGGUGAGACGCAGCAGUGGAACGACUUGCCAGAAGGAUUCUCCAAGCCGGUUCAGCCUUCGAGAAGAGGUACCCCCGGCGUGGCUGCUAUGUCGUCUCCUUUCCCUAACGCUCCUGUGAUGUCACCUCCACCUCCCGGCAGCGCAUACGGCCAGCAGCCUGCUGCAGUUUUGCCUCCGCCACCUAAGGCAGGACAGAUGCCUCCUCGCAUCAUGUCACCGCCUUCAGGUCCUCCACAGAUCCAGCGUCCCAUCUCGGCUGCGUCAAACGCAUACACCCCAGCUUCAGUACAACAGCCUUCCGCCUCGAUGCUGCCUCCGCCACAGCAAGCUCCUCCCCUUGGCCGUGGUCCUUCUCCUUAUAACCCUCCUCCAACGACAACAGCAAGCGGUCCUGCUAGCAACCGAUACGCACCGGCACCUGGGUCUCAGCCCACACCUGCAGUCGGUGGCAUGCCGCUACCACGUAAUGUUGCCCCACCACCCAACCCAUACGGCGCUGCGGCACCCUCACCAUACGCGCCCGCAGCUUCUGCAUACGCGCCGAGAGCACCGGCAACGCCAUAUGGUCAAGUGCCCACGCCGUCGCAGCCUCUCGCGCCCCAGGCUAUUCCACCGCCGCCACAGGGGCCGCCUCGUGGUCCUCCUCAAGGCCCACCCAGAGCCGCACCACCUCAAGCUGCACCGCCACAGGCCACCCCGCCUCCGGCAGUAGCUGCUCCGCAACAGAUGCCUUCUCGGCCCAGCACCGCACAGUCUCAGAGAUCCGCACCUGCAGCCGCCAAGUAUCCCCCUGGUGACCGCAGCCACAUCCCCAGCAACGCCAUGCCAGUCUACGAGAUUCUGUCCGCAGACAUGGCACGUGUGAAGUCCCGCGCCCCGGCCUCCUUCAUCGCCCCCGUCAACGAUGCAGAAAAGCGUCUCAACAUCCUCUUCGACCACCUCAACAACGAAACCCUGGUCAAGUCCGACACUAUCGCCAUGCUAGUCGAGAUAGCACAAGCACUGCAAGCUAGAGACUUUGACCGUGCCACUGCCGUUCUCACCGAGAUGAUGAAGGUUAAGCUGGAAGCAGAGGGUGCUCAUUGGAUGGUGGGAGUCAAGAGGUUGGUUGCUAUGAGUAAGGCUACUCCUGCGUAGAAUCUAGUCUCUGCGAGAGUUUGUAGAGGUUGGAAGGGUGGGGGAGGUGGUAGAGGUAGUGAUUAUUAGUUGGCAUUUUGUCGAUUUUUAGUAUUGUUUUAUGAGAACGUUC